CCCGGAAGGGGCCACCGCGCGGGCACGCGGCACCGUGGGCGCGCCCCGGGGGUAUGUCCGCGCGCGCGGCCGUCCGGGCUGCAGAGGUCCACGCGAGAUGGCCAGUAACCCAUGUGCCAGGUAGCACUCUAUGCCAGUCUUGAAUGCCAACAGGAAAUCACUGGACAGCAGACCCUUCCAAGAUCAUAACUGGGCUGUUGGAGUAACUUGGAAAAGAAGAAAAAAGAACUGAAACCAUGGCAAAAGUAAAUAGAGCUCGGUCAACCUCCCCACCGGAUGGAGGAUGGGGCUGGAUGGUUGUGGCUGGCUGUUUCCUUGUUACCAUCUGCACCCGGGCAGUAACCAGAUGUAUUUCAAUUUUUUUUGUGGACUUCCAGACAUACUUCUCUCAGGAUUAUGCACAGACAGCCUGGAUCCAUUCCAUUGUAGACUGUGUGACCAUGCUCUGUGCUCCACUUGGGAGUGUUGUCAGUAACCAUUUUUCCUGUCAAGUGGGAAUCAUGCUGGGUGGCUUGCUUGCAUCUACUGGUCUCAUCCUGGGCUCAUUUGCCACCAGUCUGAAGCAUCUCUACCUCACUCUGGGAGUUCUUACAGGUCUUGGAUUUGCACUUUGUUACUCUCCAGCUAUUGCCAUGGUUGGAAAGUAUUUCAGCAGACGGAAAGCCCUUGCUUAUGGGAUCUCCAUGUCGGGAAGUGGCAUUGGCAUAUUCAUCCUGGCUCCUGUGGUUCAGCUCCUUAUUGAACAAUUUUCCUGGAGGGGAGCGUUACUCAUCCUUGGGGGUUUCGUUUUGAAUCUCUGUGUUUGCGGCGCCUUGAUGCGGCCAAUUACUCUUAAAGAUGACCAAACAACUUCAGAGCAGAACCAUGUCUGUAGAACUGAGACACAAGGCUUUCAGCGGGCAUCUCCCUCUUCGACUUGGACUAAAGAGUGGGUGCAGACCUGCCUCUGUGGCUCUUUGCAGCAGGAAUACAAUUUUUUACUGAUGUCAGACUUUGUUGUGUUGGCCAUCUCUGUUCUAUUUAUGGCUUACGGCUGCAGCCCUCUCUUUGUGUACUUGGUGCCUUAUGCUUUGAGUAUCGGAGUGAGUCACCAGCAAGCUGCUUUUCUUAUGUCCAUACUUGGGGUGAUUGACAUUAUUGGCAAUAUCACGUUUGGAUGGCUAACCGACAGAAGGUGUCUGAAGAAUUACCAGUAUAUUUGCUACCUCUUUGCCAUCGGAAUGGAUGGGCUCUGCUACCUCUGCCUCCCAAUGCUUCAAAGUCUCCCGCUGCUCGUGCCUUUCGCUUGUACUUUUGGCUACUUUGAUGGUGCCUAUGUGACUCUGAUCCCAGUAGUGACUGCAGAAAUCGUGGGGACCACCUCUUUGUCAUCAGCGCUUGGUGUGGUGUACUUCCUCCAUGCAGUGCCGUAUUUGGUGAGCCCACCCAUCGCAGGAUGGCUUGUAGACACGACUGGCAGCUACACUGCAGCGUUUCUUCUCUGUGGAUUUUCAAUGAUAUUUAGUUCUGUGUUGCUUGGCUUUGCUAGACUUGUAAAGAAGAUGAGAAAAACCCAGCUGCAGUUCCUUGCCAAAGAAUCAGAUGCCAAGCUGCAGCUAUGGACCAAUGGAUCGGUGGCUUAUUCUGUAGCAAGAGAAUUAGAUCAGAAAGAUGGGGAGUCUGUGGCUAUAGCAAUGCUUGGUUCCAACCCCACAUGAUCAAUGGCCUUGAGUCUGAAUCUUCAGGGCUGAAAGAGGUGGGACCACUGUAUUGUACAUGUUUCUGAAGGAUUUUAUUUUGGCAGAAGUAUUGCCUUCCAAGGAAAUUUAUCGUUUUAUUAAUAUGUUGGUAGUGGAAAAAUGGCAAAUAACAAAGCAAGCUGGACUGGCUCAGAGUUUCCCCAUUUGGGAUUUGUACUCACAAUUGAACUCACAUCUUUUGGGCAAUGAGCAUCAGACCAUGGAGAAUGUUAGGACAUAGCUGAUAUAAUUCGCUGUAAAUAGAGGUAAUUUCAAGGCAUGACCAAAGCAGAUGACACUGGGCGCAGCUUUGUUUCAAAUUCUCUGCCCCUCCAUCUUCCCUCCUCAGUUAGAAGGUAAACAGAAACGUUGACAUGUAGGUUUCUUUAUGCUGUUUAGAGAAGGGGGUUCUGUAUUAAUCAUUGCCUUUCGAAGAAUCUAAAGUACUCUUCAACAACCUGUUUCAAAUGCUAAUGAGAAACUCCACUAGGAAGAAGGUUUGGCAUCCUCACCUUCCACCACCACUGAAAGCUCUUUUCCUAAGACGAGGCACUUAACCUCCAACCAGACGCUCACCUCUGUUGCUAUCACAUAUAAUACUUACCCUAAAUUGAGUAGAACACACCAAGACACAUGGGCGAUUUCUAAAUCUUACCAGAAAUGUUAACACUAAUGCUUCCCUUUUUUUUUCCUUUAGAAAUAAAGCAUUUAUUUAAACUGUAGACAAUUCCUGUUAAGAACGGAAAAAUGUUGGCAGCAUUCCAACUGGGCAGGAAUUGAAUUCUUGAAUCAGCAGGUCUCUGGUGAAAGUUUUCUUUUCAGAUCAGAUAUUUAGGUUCGUUACCCAAAACAGGACUUGGGAGUUUUGCCUGAAAAAUAUUAUUCUAGAGAUACUCUGAAGCUGAGAUUCCUUUCUCCCUGUGUUAAUUUUUGUUCCAGUGUCCACUGCUAUUCAUCUCUUUAUAGAUAAUCAUUAGUGGACCUUUUCAGCUGAAUGAGAAGACUUCAGGGGUUAACCUCAGCAUCAUAGCCCUCCCACAAAUUGUAGCUUUGGUCAGGGGAGAGGGAGGACAAAAUUAAGAAGGCUAGUGGUGUGUUGUUUUACAGUUUAUAAUCACAUACCUUAACUCAUUGGAUUAUAGUUUGCUCAUUCCCAAGUACCCUACUUUCCUGUGGUGUGGGAUAAAGUCUUCAGAUUGAAGAGGGAGGGCAUGGGGAGAGAAGAGAAAGGCCAGAUCCCCCAGCCUGUCUCCGACCAUUUUAAGUCCUCUGAAUUAUAAUCCUGAAUCCCAAAUCAUGUUGCACCUGUAACAUAGGGGCAAGUUAUACAAUUGAAAGGGGAUUUUAAUUAUUCAAAAAUUAAAAUCUGAACCUCAGGGAACUAUUUUGACCCUGAAGGCCAUUCAAUCCACUGUCCCCCAACAGAUCUCACAAACGCCUUGCCAGGGAUGCUGAGAGAAAAAACACAGCCAUGAGGAAGAUCCAGGGUUGACUAAGCACAUUCAGCAAGAGUCUUUGCCUAUAACUGGAUUAUAAAUAUAUAUAUAAAAUUAUAUAUUAAUACAUUGCUUUCCGAAUGAAAUGCUGACUUGAUUUGAUGGCAGAAAACUAAUAUCUCAUAGGUGUUUUCCAAAGAGAAAACAGGAAUGUUUCCUGUUAUCUUUAUACUUAGUUUGAGAAUUUAGUUGUGAAACCACUUCCUUUGUCAUUUGCAAUUUAAAAACAAUAUUUGGAAAAUAUCUGUAAACAGUCAAAGUUAAAAUGAAGUUUUAUGUGUUUGGAAUAGCACUUUACACUAAAUGUCAUUUCUUGAAUCUUCA